ACAAAUAUUUACAUUAAUUUUCCCUUUAUGUAUAUUUUUAUAUAUUGUCUUUCUAGUGACAUCAGUGAUUCAUCUGAAGAUGUCUCUGCUGGCUCUGGCCCAGAAAGGGGAAUACUAAUGGAAAUUGGAAAUAUGGAUGAACAUGGAGGCAACACAUGUGACAGUGAGCUACUACAGCAUAUGAAUGCUCAACAAGAAGAAUAUGAAGGCGCAGAGCAAUAUAUAGCAGGGGAUGGCCACGAACAUGGACAGCCUGGCUUUCGUCAGGAGAAGCUGUUUGAUGAAAAGCACAUUGACGCCAACAACCCUGUCUUUGAAGGAGCUGAUGUUUCAAAGGGACAACUGCUAGCGAUGCUGAUGGGGUUGUGCCUAAGGCACGGAUUAUCUGGUGUUGCCAUGAAAGACCAUCUCGAUUUGUUGAAUACCGUCAUUCCAGGAUGUGUUCCCUCAAGCAAGUGGUACUUGGACAAAGCUUUCUUCAAUUUGUCCGACAAGGCAGAGUUGCAUUUCUAUUGCACGGACUGUGUAGGAUACAUCGGCAAAGGACCAGACUACCAUUGUGAAACUUGCCUGAAGCAUUGGCACAAGGAGGAACUUCUCAAAUCUGCAAGUUACUUUCUGGUGAUGCCUUUAGCCGAUCAGCUCAAAAACAUCUUGCCACAGUCGGCAAUGCGGGGCCACAUUCGACAUGAUGAGAGUGUAGGAGACAUAAACACAGGAAAGCUAUACCAAGAUCAGGGUGAUUUUAUUGACAAUCCGGACAAUGUCACCAUAUCUUUCAAUUGUGACGGCGUUCCCGUUUUCAAAUCUUCGCAGUAUUCUCUUUGGACAAUACUCUGCACAAUAAACGAGCCGUCACUGGACGAAAGAGGCAAAUCCAUUAUGUUGCAUAGUUUGUGGUUUGGGCGGCACAAACCCCGGGUCGACACCUAUUUCGCUCCGUUCAUUGCUGAGCUCCAGAGUUUACAUGACGAUGGUGUAGCUUGGAUCGAUAGUACUGGCCUGCAGAGGAAUAGUAGAGUGCAUGCACUAGUUUGUGUCUGUGAUGCUGUGGCGCGGGCCAUGAUUCAAAACUUUAAACAGUUUAACGGAAAUUAUGGAUGUGGCUUUUGUUGCCAUGAAGGUGAAGUUGUUGACAAGGGAAAGGGGCACACCAGGGUGUAUCCUGUACAAGCUGAUAUAGUACCGUUAAGAUCCAUGGCGAGCACAGUUGAGUUAGCCGAAAGAGCAACUGAGAGCGGCGAAGCUCAGAUGGGUGUAAAAGGGGCGAGUCCUUUGUUUCUGUUACCUUCCUUUUGACUUUGUCAAAGGAUUUGUACCAGAUUACAUGCAUUCUGUGUGUCUAGGAGUCGUUAGACAGUUUACCAACCUGUGGCUUGAUGGCAAGUAUAGUGCCGAAGAAUAUCACCUACUCCCUGACCAAAUGAGACACAUUGACAGUGCCCUAUGUGAGAUCAAGCCCCCAAGUGAAGUCAGGCGAAACCCAAGACCGCUUUCUGAGAGAGCCUUUUGGAAAGCCACGGAAUGGAGAGCCUUUCUGUUGUUGUAUUCCCCAGUUGUUAUGAAAGACUUUCUACCCAGGAGGUUUUACAAACAUUGGAUGCUACUUGCAUUUGGGCUACAUAUUCUUCUCUCCUCCGUGACAAAGCAGGAUCAGGUCAACUGUGCAGAACUGUGUCUGGUCCAGUUUGUGGCACAGAUUCCUCAACUGUAUGGCAUCGAACACUGCUCAUAUAACUCUCAUUUGCUUGUGCAUCUGGCACAGAGUGUGAGGGACUGGGGGUCGUUGUGGGCCAACUCUGCAUUUGUAUAUGAAGAUGCAAAUGGGAACUUACUUGAUUUGUUCAAUGGCACGCAGGCGGUACCUUGUCAGAUUUUCAAGUACUUCUUUGCCCAGCAGAGGUUAAUUUGUUCAGGAACUGCAGUGUUUGAGGACGCACCAAGACCAGUCAGUGAGCUUUCUGCGUGUGAAAGGGUUGCACUGGAAAAUAGAUUCCCAUUAAACGAUUAUCUGCACAAUAUUCCUUGUCGAAUAUUCAAACGUUGUGUUGUAUGGAAAAUGUUACUGACAACCCAAGGCUGGCUACAAGAGAAACAAUUCUGUAAUUGCAACAGAAGGAACAUAUGGGUUGAUAGCUUCUUUUGUAGUCUUAUCCAAAGUCUGUCAAUGCGAACAAGAUUGUUCAUGCUCAGAGUUGCUUAUAUAUUAUUAUGAGUUGUCUCCGACACAAAACCAAUUUGUCGUCUAUGACUGUGAUAUCAAUGUCAAUGUGUCAAAGUUCCUUGUUCGGGUUGAGAACACUGGACGUUUGAUGGUGUGCACCUCAAGGGAAGUGAAGGCCAAGUGUACUCUUGUGGAACAUGCUAACCGUGUUCACGUUGUAAAAAUGCCUGCAUUUGAAAGGGACUAAAAAUAAGUUUCUUUGUGGUAAUCUACACUGCUCAUUCGUUCAUAUAUAGUUAUUCUAUUGAAAAUUUUCGGUCAAAUUGACAAAACUUGGCGAAAUAAAUCAUGCAAUGAUUAGCAUCCUCAUUUACAACAUUUAUUUGAAAUAGAAUGGUAAAUAUGCCAGGAAAAUUGCUUAAUCCUUAACAACUGAUCGUUAGUUGGAAGAUAUAUGUAUUGCGUCAUAAAUGUAUGUGUAGUCUAUACUGUAUUAUUGCAGUUUUAGGGCCGCUGUGAAACGUAUUCAUCAUUCUUGCACUAAUUAGGCCAUGAAAAGUAUUCUAAACUGAUGUAUAUCACUAUAUGUAGGUGUUGAAGCAGGCCUAAAUGGGUAGUGCAUAUUUUAUUCGGCUACAUGCAUUUAUGUUAGUAAACUUCAGAGUACGUUUUUAACUCAUGUUGCUUAUUUUAUUAGCAUAUGAUUCAACGAAUGGUGUACAGGAGUAAACGGUUUAACAUUUAAAAUGUCAUUUCUAUUAUGGAUUGUGUUUUGUUCUUACCGUGCCAAAUGUUUGCUUUGCUUUUGCAAUUUGCAAAAGUGUAAAAGAGAAUUUCUAAUCAGGAAUGUAAAGCCAAACGUAUUGUGCACGACUAUUAUGUUCAUGUCCUUCAUAUGACUUGUCUCUUAAAGUACACUGAUUUUAAUCAUACAUGAAGCAUACAUAAGUGGAUGAUAUGUUGGUAUCUAUAAGUUAUCACACAUGAACGUUGAUGCUGUUUAAAUAAAUACAUCAAUUGUACAUCUUCAUAAAAUGUGAUUUGCUGUGUCUCCACAAGUAUAUUCCUUUUUGAAAGAAAAUAAAUCAUUAAUAAUUGGAUAUGCUUGUGUCUUGAUGUUAUUACACAUGUACCGUUGUGCUGUUUAAGAAAAUACAUUCAUAGUAAAAGUUCCAUGUAACAUGAUAUUGUGCAUUAUGAAAGGUACAAGGGAUAGAAGGGGCAAUAGAGGACUUUGUAGUGGCGAGGGGUACUGACUUUGGGUGAGUCUCUUGCUGGGCUAGUUUAAUUUUGACAAACAUUGUACAUCAUGCGUGAUA